AUGGAGAACGAAGAGAGCAGGGAGUACGCGCCGGAGGAGAUAAGCCGCGAGCUGAUUGAGGGCCUGCUCGCUCUGCCACCCGAGGUGGUGAAGGGCAUCUACGUCUUCGGCUCGCACGCCUUCGGCACAGCCACGCCCCAGUCUGACUGGGACUUCUACACCGUGGUCGACGGUUACGUCGGGCCGCUGGCAGUGGACGCCGCCGCGAAGGAGGCAGCCGACGUUGCAACUGGUCAAACGCCAGCGACUUCGUCCGGAGCAGCCCAGAUCCCCGAUCGACCAGAGGAGCUGCGCUGGGAGGUGUUGUACUGUCGUGGCAAUGUGGACAUGACCGUGUACGAGGCCGGCAACUGGCAGGAGAUGCUGGACUACCAGGACUUGCACAGCAUUCUGUGCCAACACUUCCUGCCUUCGUCGCUCGCACUGAAGAACUCGCCUGAGGUGCCCCCCUACGCCCACACCAUCUCGAACAGAUUCUCGUGGGAGCUGGACCUGAUGCGACUGAAGCAUUCCGUGAAUGCCUACGUGUGGUCGCACCACAUGCUCAGUCGCCAGUUCAUGAAGCGCAAGCACCAUGUCAGAGGGCGAAAGUGUAUGAUUCAUUGCCUGCGCACGAUGCUCAUGGCGAACAAUCUCGUCAAGAACAAGGGCAAGACGGUCGACCUCAGCGUCAACGAGCUUGCCAAUCAAUACUACCGCGAGGUGAUGCAGCUCGACGGUGAGAACCUGACCUGGCACGAGCUCGACAGAUGGUUUCACCUUCUCUACCACCCGCUACGCCUCGAGUUUCGGCAGGGCGUGAACGAUUACCGGCGGAAGAUGGCCCUCAUCCAGCAGCUCCCCCAGCCGGCGACGCUCAGCACCAUCGACUAUAUUCGAAUCUCACUUCAGGAAGAGGAGGUGGAGGAGGCAGGCGACCAUCCACCCACGCACCAGGCAGGACAGCGACACGAUCUCAGCUUUCUUAAACGGGAGCUUUCGUUGCGCGUCUCCCGGCACCACCUGUUUCCCAACCUGGUGCAACUCAACCAGCAACUCUACUCCUCGCCCGCGCAAUGUGCGGUGGUCAGGGAGUGCUCCGGCCUUGUGCUCGACGAAGACGACAACUGGCGAAUCGCUUGCCAGGGCUUUCCGCGCUUGUUCCACUACACUGAAGACGAGGUGACCCACCCGUGCCCUACCCCCGCGAUGUCGCAGUGGGGCAAGGUGCGCAUCUACGAGAUCAGCCCCGGCCUGUCGAUCACCCUCUAUUGGUACUCGGACCGCUGGCUGGUCUCGUCGACCAGCAAUAGCUUCAUCGGGCGAUGCCUCCGCAAGCGCGAACGCGCCCGCAUUCGGCGCGACGAGGGCCGCGAGAUGGACGAGGGCCGGGACUGGAACAGGCUCCUCGACGCGCUGUUCUGGCGGGUGUGGAAGGCGCGCGGGUAUCGACUCCCCGACGACCGGGACAAGUGCUACAUGUUCCGCCUCGUCACCCAGGGCGCCAAUGUCGACCACCUGCUGCGCAAUGAUGACGAAGCCGAGAGCGGCGAGGCCCACGACGCGAAGCCGAGCAGCACAGCAACGGUGGUUGAGCGGCUGGUGCUGGUGGGCGUGCGAGACCGCGCCACAGCCGAGGAGUCACUGCCAAAGGAGUGCGCUCGCGCGAAUGGCUGGGAGUGCCCGACCGAGCGAAGCGACCUGGCGGCGCUGGCGGCGGAGUGGGUCCAGCAAGGCGAGCCCACUGUGGCCGAGCGCAGGGAGUGGUCGCGGCGCGGAGGCGGCUACGCCAACCCUGACAAGGGGCUGGCCACCGCCGAGAGGUCGAGCGCGAGUGGCGGCGUAGCCGACGACGAAGCCGUCGCCGCACGAAAGCGGCAGAAGUAUGUGCUGGACAAGCUCGUCGACAAGUGCUGGGAGUCGAACCUGCUCGAGACCCAGGGUGUGAUCGUGUGCGGCCCCGGCCUCGCCCGCAUCGUCGUCCAUACGCCUCCCCACACUGCACUGGCCUCCCUGGGUCCGUACACGUGUCGGCACACUAAAGAGGACUACUUCCUCACGAUCGUGCGCACUACCUUCGACCACAAGGAGCGCUUCUGCCACUACUACCCCGAUUGGGCGCACUGGUAUCGAUACGUCCACGCGCUGUUGGUAUCGCUCUGCGACGAAACCGAUCGAUUGUACAUGGACACCCUUUCCAAGCUGAGCUACAGGGAGAUGGGCGUUUGGUUCCACGAGCAGCAGCGGCUCAACACGAAGGAAAGCAAGCGCGGCAAGCUGCUGAAGAGCAUCUACAAGACCAAUGCGGCAGCGCUCGAGUCGAAGCAGCAGCAGCAGCAGCAGCAGCAACAACAACAACAACAGCCGGUGAUGACCCUCACCACGCUGGCGCACUACCUGGCGCUGGACAGCCUCAAGAGCGUCCACGUGAGCAAGGGCCUCCAGGGCCACCUCUUCUCGGCCUACAACCAGCAGCUCAAGCCCACCCGCAAGCGCUACGCCACCCGCAAGCUCUCGGCCAUGCCCCUCCCCGCCAUCCCCGAGUGCCCCCAGUGCCAGGCCGCCGACACGACCGCAAUGGUGUGA